AUGCAUAACCCUGAUUUUGCUGUAGCCACCAUGGAUAGGUUUAAGGAGGAGAAGAAGAAGAAAAACACAGGGCGAAAGAAGAUUGAGAUAAAGAAGAUUGAGAAAAACACCAACAAGCAAGUGACAUUCUCGAAAAGAAGAGUAGGGCUGUUCAAGAAAGCGAGUGAACUGUGCAUUCUGUGCAACGUUAACAUGGCCAUUAUUGUGUUUUCUCCUGCUGACAAAUUGUUCUGCUUUGGGCAUCCAGACGUGGAGGGCAUUGUUGAUAGCUACCUGAAGGGAGCCAAAGUGUUGGAAGCAUCAUCAGAGCCAAGAGGGUCAUAUGAAGAAAGCAACAUGCAAUAUGAGGAGGCAAUGAAGAAUUUGGCGUUGGAAAAGAAGAAUCUGACAGAAACUGAAACACUGGCUAAGGAGGGGUUGAACAGAAGGUGGUGGGAGGACCCCAUUGAUGAGAUGAAUGAACGUGAGUUGGAACAGUUCACGGUGCCACUCUAUGAGUUGAGGAAAAAACUAGCCGAAAGGGCUGGUCAAUUGUUCAUGCUUUCAAUUCAAUGA